UGGGUGUGCUGGUGUCACAUGGGGCCUGGGCGUGGCUAGAUGGAGGUGUGUGUUCACAGGGCAGACCGUUGAGUGUGACCGUUGUGUCAGUGUGUCUUCAUCCACGAGGAUGCACGAUUCUUCCUUGCUCUGCCCCAAGACACACUCCAGCCCCUCCUUAGUCUGAGAAGCGGGGUUGGGGAGCCUCCCCUCUGCCCAAGGGCCUCCCGGCCCCUCCCUGCCCUGCCCAGCAGACACCACCCCCAGAGGGCACCGGCUCUCUGUGCCUCAAAGCGAGAGCCCCAGAGCAACUGAGCGGAGCAGGCUGAGGACCUGCUAGCCACGGUGGCUGCCCUUUGUGUGCUGCGAGGUGGGGGACCCUGGGCAGGAAGCUGGCUGAGUCCCAAGACCCAGGGGGCCAUGGGCGGGGAGCUGGUGCCUGGCCUGGGAGCCCUUCGGCGGCGAAAGCGCCUGCUGGAGCAGGAGAAGUGGCUGGCCUGCUGGGCACUGACACUGGCGGGAAUUGGCAUCGGGCUCAUGGUGCUUCACGCAGAGAUGCUGUGGUUCGGAGGGUGCACGUGGGCGUUCUACCUGUUCCUGGUUAAAUGCACCAUCAGCAUCUCCACCUUCCUGCUCCUCUGCUUCAUCGUGGCCUUUCAUGCCAAAGAGGUCCAGCUGUUCAUGACGGACAACAGCCUCCGGGACUGGCGCGUGGCGCUAACGGGGCGGCAGGCGGCGCAGAUCGUGGUGGAGCUGGCGGUGUGCGGGCUGCACCCGGCGCCGGUGCGGGGCCCGCCGUGCCCGCUGCCCAGCGCGACGCAGCCCUGGCCGGGCUUCCUGAGCCAGGGGGAGGCGCUGCUGUCGCUGGCCAUGCUGCUGCGCCUCUACCUGGUGCCCCGCGCCGUGCUCCUGCGCAGCGGCGUCCUGCUCAACGCGUCCUACCGCAGCAUCGGCGCCCUCAACCAGGUCCGCUUCCGCCACUGGUUCGUGGCCAAGCUCUACAUGAACACGCACCCCGGCCGCCUGCUGCUCUGCCUCACGCUGGGCCUCUGGCUCACCACCGCCUGGGUGCUGUCGGUGGCCGAGAGGCAGGCUGUUAAUGCCACCGGACACCUCUCCGACACUCUGUGGCUGAUCCCCAUCACAUUCCUGACCAUCGGCUAUGGGGACGUGGUGCCGGGCACCAUGUGGGGCAAGAUUGUUUGCCUCUGCACCGGAGUCAUGGGCGUCUGCUGCACAGCCCUGCUGGUGGCGGUGGUGGCUCGGAAGCUGGAGUUCAAUAAGGCAGAGAAGCAUGUGCACAACUUCAUGAUGGACAUCCAGUAUGCCAAAGAGAUGAAGGAGUCGGCUGCCCGAGUGCUCCAAGAGGCCUGGAUGUUCUACAAACAUACACGCAGGAAGGACUCUGGAGCUGCCCGCAGGCACCAGCGCAGGCUGCUGGCUGCUAUCAACACGUUCCGCCAAGUGCGGCUGAAACACCGAAAGCUCCGGGAACAAGUGAACUCCAUGGUGGACAUCUCCAAGAUGCACAUGAUCCUGUGUGACCUGCAGCUGGGUCUGAGCAGCUCACAUCAGGCCCUGGAAAAGCGAAUUGACACACUGGCAGGGAAGCUGGACACCCUGACGGAGCUGCUUAGCACGGCCCUGAAGCAGCUUCCAGAACCCAGCCAGGAGGCCACAUAGCUGGACCCAUGGAGGAAGAACCCGGCUACUUUACCCAGGAUUGGGGUCAAGGACAUUCUCUCUUCUACUCCUGACCCAGCCCUAUGACUAAAACACCUCAAAUGCAAGGAAUCAAGGGGCCCCACCUUGGGGUGGGUUGACUCACUGAAGCUGCUGGAGGGGCACUGGCUGAAGGAGGGAGGCCAUGGCCCAUCCCGGAGGCCCCAAAUGGGAAAAUGGUCACCACUACCCCACAUACCCUCAACCAAAACAUCCUCACUGUGCUGCUACCGACGACCCCCAGCUUCUGCAGAAGUGGAGGUGCCUGGGGGCUGAGACCGCUGGGGCCCAGAGUUCGGGAUCCUGGGGUGCCUCAGUUACCGCUGGUCGGCAGAGCUGAAGGAGCCAGGCCUGAAGCUGGGACAAGGCAGGAGGUGGCGCCCCCUGGUGGGAGAGCAGGAGGACACUUUUUCUAGAGUCACAGAGAAUAUGGUGGGAGAGG